CUACUCAUCCCAUUCUCUCUAGAUCCAAUCACAAGUUAAGAUAUGGAGACCUUCCUAUUCACAUCCGAAUCCGUCAACGAGGGACACCCCGACAAACUUUGCGACCAAGUGUCCGACGCCAUCCUUGACGCAUGCCUUGAACAAGAUCCCGAAAGCAAAGUCGCCUGCGAAACAUGCACCAAAACCAACAUGGUCAUGGUCUUUGGUGAAAUCACCACUAAAGCUGUUGUAGAUUACGAGAAAAUAGUCCGCGACACUUGCAGAAACAUCGGGUUCACAUCCGCUGAUGUCGGCCUGGAUGCUGACACCUGCAAUGUCCUGGUCAAUAUCGAGCAACAAAGUCCCGAUAUUGCCCAGGGUGUUCACGGUCACCUAACGAAAAAACCCGAGGAAAUCGGUGCGGGUGACCAAGGUCACAUGUUCGGUUAUGCAACCGAUGAGACCCCCGAGCUUAUGCCGUUGACCCACGUCCUCGCAACCAAGCUUGGCGCGAAGCUAACCGAAGUUAGAAAAAACAAGACUUGCCCAUGGCUCAGACCGGACGGCAAGACCCAAGUGACGGUCGAGUACCACAACGACAACGGUGCGAUGGUUCCCACACGGGUUCACACCGUUCUCAUCUCGACCCAACACGACAAAACCGUGACAAACGAACAAAUAGCCGCGGAUCUCAAGGAACAUGUGAUUAAGUCAGUGAUCCCAUCCCAAUACCUUGAUGAAAACACUAUCUUCCACUUGAACCCAUCGGGCCGGUUUGUAAUAGGUGGGCCCCACGGGGACGCGGGUCUGACGGGCAGAAAGAUCAUCAUUGACACCUAUGGUGGAUGGGGUGCACAUGGUGGUGGUGCGUUUUCGGGAAAAGACCCUACUAAAGUGGAUAGAAGUGGGGCUUAUAUUGUUAGGCAAGCGGCUAAGAGCGUAGUGGGUUCUGGGCUCGCUCGCAGGUGCAUUGUGCAGGUUUCUUACGCGAUUGGUGUGGCUGAACCGUUAUCCGUGUUUGUUGACACGUAUAAAACUGGGACUAUUCCGGAUAGUGAUAUCCUUGCUUUGAUCAAGGAGAAUUUCGAUUUUAGGCCGGGUAUGAUGGCUAUUAACCUUGACCUUAAACGGGGCGGGAACUAUAGGUACCAGAAAACGGCUGCUUAUGGGCAUUUUGGUCGCGAAGAUCCGGAUUUCACCUGGGAGACACCGAAGAUUUUGAAACCGAAAGCUUGAAUAACGAUUAUAUUAGACAUAGCAAAGUGAUGGAUUCUCGAUUUCUUUUUGUUUGUAUGCUUUAAUUUUGUGUUUGUACUUUGUAUUUGUUUUUGGUUGUUGGGAUUCAUAUGCAUAAUCCACAUAUUCAUUGUAAUAUUUAUUUAAUAGUUGUUUAAA